AGGCUUCUGCUCAAGCAUAGAUGCUUCAGCUCAGAUACUGAAACCCCUCAGUUCCAUUCCAUCUCCAGGUAUUGAAUUCCAUUGGCCUUGACGGCGCAACCUACAUAUUCUGUGCAGUAUGGUGUGCAUUCAGUCUGUGAGGCACCGUCAAGCAUUCCUUUGCAGCAUUGCAUGCUUGCUGGGGGUCGUUGCUGGUCACAGCAAUGACGCCUUGGUCAUCAUACCCUUGGACAAGCAGUACGUGCCGAUUCACCGCAAUGAGCAAGUUGUUGCGUACAAGACGGCAUACUUUGGCCAGGUCUUCGUCGGAUUUCCGCAGCCACAGGCGUUUUCCGUUGUUUUUGACACCGGGUCAGGCCACUUCUUUUUGCCAUCAUCAAUGUGCCAAUCGGAAGCUUGCCAGGUGCAUCGCAAAUACAAUGAAAGUGUCUCCAAAUCCGCAAAGCUGAUUGAUCACACGGGGCAGGAAGUAGGUCCGGAUACAGAGCGUGAUGAAGUGUCAGUGAGUUUUGGGACUGGUGAAAUUCUUGGAAGCUUCGUGGAGGAAGUGAUCUGCUUUCGAGAGUCUCAGGGAGAGAAGGCGCCUGGCUGCGCAACGGCCAGGUUGGUGACAGCCCACCAGAUGACAGAAGAGCCAUUCAAGAACUUCGGGUUUGAUGGUGUCAUGGGUUUGGGCCUUGCAUCUUUGGCCGUGGAUCCUAGGUUCAGUGUUUUUGAGCAAAUGGCACGGAUGAAUGGCCCACGGUUUACACCACAAUUCGGGUACUUCAUUUCAGAGGAUGAUGCGGUUCCAAGCGAGAUCUGCUUCGGAGGUCAUGAUGUGCGUCACAUGAAUUCGGCACUACAAUGGGCACCAGUACAUGACCCGCAUAAAGGAUUCUGGCAGGUCAAAAUCAUUCGAGUUUCAGUUGAUGGUGUUGAAUUGCCACAUUGCUCAGAUGGAUCAUGUGUUGCCAUUGCAGACACUGGCACCUCAUUGUUGGGCGCGCCUCGGCAGAUUGCGCAGCAGUUGCACCGUCUGUUGGCACGCAAAGUGCCAGAGACCAAAGAAGCAAAUCUGAAUUGCCAAGAUGUGACUGGGCCUGAAUUGGCUUUUGAACUAGAAGGUGGUGUGCGCAUAAGCUUGGGCGGCCGCGAGUAUUCUAGAGCUGCACCUAUGAAGAUUGUCACCAAGCAGAAGGAAGAACACACGGUGUGCCGGGCUUCUCUGCUGCCGGUGGAUCCAACGCCUGCUCUUGGCUCCAGUGCCUUCAUCCUGGGCGAGCCAAUGCUGCGAAAGUAUUACUCAGUCUACGACUGGGAAAAGCAACGCGUUGGCUUUGCGCUCGCAAAGCCUGGUGUUCCUACCGGGCCGCCUGUCCACACUGUUUAUGGCAUGCCAGAUGCGGUGGCCUCCAGUACUGUCCAUGUGUGACCACAGCCCAGCAGCAGAAAAAAAAAGUUGGUUC